AGAGUGUUAUCGCUGCUCUCUCGCUUUCUGUGGCUCUCUCUCUGCCGCUCGUGCAUGUUGUUUGCCCUCGCUCAAGGGCCGUCGGUUUUGCAUGCGUUGUUCAGGCAUGCGCAAGGAUUGCAGUUGCACGCUUAGUUCCGGCAUUGACCGCCGGAUGGCGCACCACAAGCUUGCACAAGAAGUUGAAAAUUUUUUUUAGUUAUGAUUUGCACUCCAGUCCGAACGCACGUCGUUUGAAUCGCGCGCGCGCUGCUAUUUGGCAUUCGAAUUGAACCAGAACUGAAAAACCGAAACCAGAAACCAGAAACACGCACAUAUACAUACAAACACACACACGCACUCGCACACACACACAGCAAUACUUUUGCAUUUGGAUGGACAAGCGUCGUGUGCGGGCUUUAAAAGUUGUUUCGUGUUAGUUUUGCUCGUUCCAUUAAAAAAUAAAAAAAAAAAUAAAAAUUGAGCAAUAAAAUAAAUUUCAAAGAAAACAGAGAAAAUACAGUGCAAGUUAAAUUAAUAAACACAUCGAAUAGAAAGGGCGAGAGCGAGCGAGAAUCGCUCUCUGUGUGCGCGUGGGCGAGCCCGUUGGACGCUGCCCACAGCACAUAAAUAAACACACAAAUAGCAAAAGGCGAACAGUCAGCCCUUUGAGCCUUGCAGCCAGUGAAAGUGUUUCAACUGCCAGCAUGUGUAUGCCAGAGCCGAGCAGUCACAGUCACAGUCACAGGCUGAGUCACAGUCAUGGACAUGGACACCACCGACAACACAGCCACCAGCACCAGCACCACCAGCAGCAGCAGCAACACCACCAUAGCCACAGCCACAAGCAACAGGCAGGCCAAGCUGUUGGCCUGGCCAAAAGGACAAGAGCAACGCAUUUGCAGCUUUGGUAUAUGCUACAUGUGAUAUUAGUGCUAAUCGAUAUAACCAGCGCGCUGACAAUGACCGAGGUGAAGAUACCCAAUCACAUAAUGCGGCUGAAGAGCGCGCUGCUCGGCUGCCGCUAUGCGCUCGAUGGCGAGUCGCUCUACUCGGUCAAAUGGUACAAGGACGGCCACGAGAUCUACCGCUAUGUGCCGCGGGACAAGCCACCUGGACAGGCGUUCCCGCUGCCCGGCGUCAACAUCGAUCUGCGCAACUCGUCGGACACGCAGGUAAUGCUGCGACGCGUUACGCUCCAAACCUCUGGCCUCUAUCGCUGCGAGGUCUCCGGCGAGGCGCCCGCCUUCAACACCGUCUCCGAGUCGGAGACAAUGACCGUUGUGGUAACACCGAAUCAUGGGCCGAAGAUAUCUGGUGGGCAGCCGCGCUAUCAAAUCGGAGACAUUGUGCGCGUUAAUUGCACCUCGGCACCGUCGAAGCCAGUUUGCCACCUGAGCUGGCUAAUCAAUGGGGAGCCGGCGCAGAAGCAGCAUCUCAAGCAGUACGACAAGAUUGUGAUGAAUCGAGAUGGCUUAGAGAUGGCGCGACUGGGCUUGGAGUUUCGAGUGCGUGGAUUUCACUUCAAGAAUGGCGAUAUGAAACUUAAGUGCGUGGCCAAGAUCAGCUCGCUCUAUUGGCAGAGCAACGAGGAGAGCGUGGAGAGCGAUCGCCAACAGCGGGCACCAGCUCUGGAGUCUCGCGAAACUGUGGCAGCCAAGUCGAGCACAAUUGGUGCAGCUGACUCGAGACAACCCUCACAUCUCAUCUCGCUGCUGCCAGCUGUGCUGCUACUCUGCGGCGUCGUUGGAUCUUGGAGCUGGCCACCCGACUGUAUUGGAAGUUAACUAGGUACAGUAGAUACUCGCAUUGCUGGCCACUUCCGUCUUGCUUAAGUACAGCAGCAGCAGCAGCAACUUG